GAGGCAGCGAAGCCUGAUCCAGCUGCUGCAUACAGGCGCAGUGGAUGGGCUCAGAUGCCCGCUCUCCGUCGGGGCUUCACUCCAGCAGUCGUCUCCUUUUAGCGUUUCGCUCGUUUUCUUUUUUUGCGCUCGCCGCUGACAGAUCCGCAAACGGUCGUGCCACGAUAACGCGCGUCGUCGGGGUCUCGCGGUGAUUUUAAACGAGGCGACACACCUUUUUAUAGCGGGGUGCUGCAAAAUCUCCGCGCUCCGAAUCUGUGCGCUUGUUUACUCCUCGUAACGUUUCGCGACGAGCACCGGACGCCCUUCGUUUGAGCCUCUGGGAUGCUUUGCCGGCCGGGUUUAAGGUUUAGUUUGCGUGAAUGAGUUGGUAGCGCACACGUCCAGCCAACUGUAACCUUCAAGCUAACGUCAAUGACAGCUAGCAGUUAGCUGGUGGGGGAGUUUGGUGGAUAGCGGGGUUUCUGAGAGUUUUUUUCCCCCCGUCGCUCGUCAGCUGCGCGUUUGCAGAGGGAUGCGUGAACGCGAUGCAUUAAAUAACGAAAGGGACAAAUCGCGUGUGGAGAUCCGGCGGGGCGCUGCUGAUUCCGAACAGCUCGUGUCGAGGCAUCGCCGUAGAGAGGGAUUUCAUUCAUCCGAGCCUGCUCGCUAAACAUGGCCUCUGCAGCCAGCAGCCUUGCUGCAUCCAUCGCCAGCAAAACCAAAACCAAGAAGAAACAUUUCGUGUCUCAGAAGGUGAAGCUGUUUCGGGCCAGCGACCCGCUGCUCAGCGUCUUGAUGUGGGGAGUGAACCACUCGAUAAAUGAACUCAGCCACAUCCAGAUUCCUGUUAUGCUGAUGCCUGAUGACUUCAAAGCCAACUCAAAGAUCAAGGUGGACAACCACCUCUUCAACAAAGAGAACAUGCCAAGCCAUUUCAAGUUUAAGGAGUACUGUCCUCUAGUCUUCCGCAAUCUGAGGGAACGGUUCUCCAUUGAUGAUCAGGAAUAUCAGAACUCUCUGACACGCAGGGCCCCAAUUCCCAGUGACGCUCAGGGCCGUAGUGGAGCUCGUUUUCACACUUCGUACAACAAGAGGUAUGUCAUCAAGAUCAUCACCAGCGAGGACGUGGCCGAGAUGCACAACAUUUUGAAAAAGUACCACCAGUAUAUAGUCGAGUGCCAUGGAAACACGCUGCUCCCUCAGUUUCUGGGCAUGUAUCGCCUCACAGUGGAUGGAGAUGAGACCUACAUGAUCGUAACUCGUAAUGUCUUCAGCCACCGGCUGCCUGUUUACAAAAAAUAUGACCUGAAGGGAUCCACAGUGGCAAGAGAGGCUAGCGACAAAGAAAAGCCACGUCCACCCGAGGAGGCUCCGUCCAAAUCACGCAUGAGCCAAAAGCUACAAACCAUCCGGAUUGCCACACGCUUUUACUGCGCCAUAAGACACACCAAGGAGCUUCCCACUUACAAAGACAACGACUUCAUCAACGACGGCCAGAAAAUCUGCGUCGACGAGGAGAACAAGAAGAUGUUCCUGGAGAAACUGAAGAAUGACGUAGAGUUCCUGGCCCAGCUGAAGCUGAUGGACUACAGUCUUCUGGUGGGGAUCCAUGAUGUGGAGCGAGGGGAGCAGGAACAGCCCGAGGAGGAGAGCGAAGACAACGACGCUGGAGAGGAGGAGGGGACGGAGAGCGACGGAGGGGCCACCGGCUCCCCGCCGGACAGCCCCAGUAACACACUAGACAGCAAUAGACCUCUGGGCCCGGGAGAGUUUGAUCCCACCAUUGAUGUGUAUGCCAUCAAGAGCCAUGAAAAUGCUCCCAAAAAAGAGAUCUACUUCAUGGCAGUGAUUGACAUUCUCACUCCAUAUGAUGCCAAGAAGAAAGCAGCCCACGCAGCCAAGACAGUCAAACAUGGGGCAGGGGCCGAGAUCUCAACGGUCAACCCCGAGCAAUAUUCAAAGCGGUUUUAUGAUUUCAUCACCACCAUCCUCUCCUAAGGGCUGCCCCGAGGCUGGCGCGAGGAAGAGUAACAGGUGGCCGCACACGAGCUCAUAUCCUGAGAGAGGUUUUGCUGUGGGUAACGGAUCCAGUGUCUCUCUCUCUCUCUCUCUCUUUCUCUCUCUCACUUGUCACAGGAUCACGUCUGAGAUCUGUCAAGAUCUUUUUUUUUUUCGUUUACAGUUUGUUUCGUUUUUCUCCUCUGUUGGAUUUUUCGGUAGGUUUAUGGCUCCACGUGGUUGAUAAGGCAUACAUGUGAUAUAGUCAUGCAUAUAUAGCGUUCUGUACCUUUGUGUUAGAUAUUGUUGAUUGAGAAACCGAGUGAUGUUGUUUGUGCCCAGCUCCGUGGUAUGAUUAUCAUACUGGAAUUCUCAAAGCUGCUUAUAUAUUUAUUGUCUUUACGUUCUCUGCGGAGCAAAAGUCAUUGUUCUCAGAGGAAUGGUUGACCUGAAAAUUGGACUUUGCUGAAGACGUACUCGCCCUGAAGAUGUAACCAAGUUUGUUUCUUCACAUGAAACGAUUUGAAACGUAGCAUCGCGUCAGCGGCUCACCGGUGCAGUGAAUGGGUGCCGUCAGAGCAAGAGCUGAUAAAAUAAUUAUAAUACUCCCAAGUAAUCCAGCUGAUCGAUUCAUGUUUUGUGAAGCAAUGUUUUUAAUAAAUUAAUCGAAGCAUUUUUAACUUUGUGCAGAUUAUGUUAUUAUGUUGGCACCCAUUGACUGCAGAGGAUCGGUUGGUGAGCAAGUGAUGCAAUGCUAGUUUUAAAGACGAAACGAACUCAUCUACAUCCUAGAUGACCCCAGAGUACGUUUUCAUCAAAUUACUUUUUUAUUUUUUUUUUAUUUUGAAGUGAACUAAAACUUACUUGACUAAAAAAAAAGCCUCCGGUUUUAAAUCGCAACUAAAAAAAUCAUUUCGAUUUCUGAAAUAAAUUUAGCCCUGAACAAAUACGACUAGAGUCAGAAUAAAUACAAAUUGGAAUAAAUAGUCGGAAAGUGUUUAUUGCACUAUCGCUCUUUAGCUGCAGGCGGUACCUUUAAAUCGAAUCUGUUUACGAAGCGUUUGUGACGUUACGAAAAGAAUGCAACUUCAGGAUCGAUUACAGCGUUUAUAGUUAAGAUCCGAUCAGUAAAUUGGAUUUAGAUGACCUGCCUGUCGUGCAUUGUAAAGUCUUGCACAGGAGCUCAAUAUUUGCAAUUGGCUCCGGUAAUAACGUUUAGUAUGACUCAACUGUUUUUUGCACAUGAUGUAACGCACCAAAACGUUUAUGCAAAUGAUUCCAGUUUUACCACUGACUCGCGGAGGGUCAUGCAAUAGUAGUGAUUGGUAGAAUGUGUUAAGCACCUAAUGGGUUACAUGUGCGUUGCCACUUUUGUAUCCCUAGUGAAGGAACAAAACAUUGCCUGUUUUAUGUUGUUUAGCUCUUGAUUAGAGAACAUUGUAUGAAGACGAAGCGUAUUUUGUACCUCCCUUUUUUUACAGUAAUACUUAGCAAGUUUACAGUGGGCUGUUCUCUUGAGAAUGCAGUUGUGCUGGCGCUAUAUAGAUGCUUGAAUCUGCGUAUAGUGUUUCAGCUGCACUGUAAAGAGCGAGGGAACGCUGCCCCUUACUGUUGAUAUCUCUCUCUCUCUCUCUCUCUCUCUCUCUCUCAUCAUUGUCGAAACUUUGUGUGAUCCCAGAGACCUUUAGUAUUAUAAAAAUAUAUAGAUAUUGUGAUACGUCUUCUUCUGAAAUUUCGUUUGCAAAAGUAAUCCUAAAUAUUCUACUGUAUGUGUUGACAUAUAUACACUGUGCGAGGGUGUGCCUUUUUUACUCUGAAUUAUUUAAUUUUGUAUUUGAAUCAUUUUUUUAAAAAGAGACGUUCGAAAAAUGUUAUUUUCUAAAAAGGGAAAAGGCGAAUAAGGACGAAUCCUAAGGUGGUUUUGCUGUUCCUGUGUAGAUGUGUAAAUAUGCAAGUGUAUUACGUGUACGCAAUAUUACGACAAUGUUGCAGUCCUCACGGUACAAAAGCAGUAACAGUUUUCCUGAAAUUAUUACCCUGAUCGAUUUGCUUACUAAUUCGAUUCCUACAUCGUUGUCAUAACUGAAGUAGUUUUGGUUGACGUUUUUUAAGGCUCGAUUGUGUUGUUGUAUUUUGAUUUCCGUGCUAUCACUUGCUAAUUGGAUAAUGAGAAAUGUAAGCUCUUUGUUUUUAGGACGGUUUCCGGUGGAAGAGGCGAGAGGCUUCGUGAACACACAACUCUCGACGUCUGUACAGCACAUGUGAAUCUCAAAAAAAAAGACACUUCUGUGAGCUUUUGGGGGGGCGGGGAAAUGACUUCGCUUUGUCUCAGAUUGCAUAGAGUUACGAUCCCAUGUGUUGUAAUUUGUAAAAAAAAAACGACAAAAAAAAAAACACGCUUCCAUGUUGAUAGUGCUGUGCGGGGUUUGAUGGAAAAAAGCGUUGAAGGACGUGCGAUCCCUGAAUAUACAGUCAAAGGAAGAUAUUAUCAGUUGUCGGUCUACUUGUCAUAACUGUUAUCUAUGUCAUGAAAGUGUGCAGCUCUUGUGUGUGUGUGCUGUAGGCCUAAAAUAUUUAAAAGCACUCUGUCCCGUAAGCAUUGCUCAAUAAAACGAUGCAUUGCUCCGCUUGA